UUUGCCUUUUGGCAGCACUGGUGCCUCGUCGUCCUCCUCCGCUCAAUACUCUCCCAUUACUGCGUGAGAGGUGAGUGAAAUCAUCCAGAAACAUGGGGAUCGUUGCUGGUUUCAGACCUAAAAUCGUCAAGAAGCGAACGAAGAAGUUCACUAGGCAUCAAAGUGAUCGUUAUGACAAGCUCAAGCGAAACUGGAGAAAACCCAGAGGUAUUGACAACAGAGUUCGUCGAAAAUUCAAAGGCCAAUACCUUAUGCCCAAGAUUGGCUAUGGAAGCAAUCGUCAUACAAGGCACAUGCUCCGCGAUGGGUUCAGGGUCUUCCUGAUACACAAUGUGAAGGAGUUGGAGGUCCUGCUAAUGCAAAACAAGAAAUACUGUGCAGAGAUUGCUCAUGGUGUAUCAUCCAGGAAGAGGAAAGCCAUUGUGGAGAGGGCUAAUGAGCUUUCCAUCAAGGUCACUAAUGCAAAUGCCAAAUUGCGCAGUGAAGAAAAUGAAUAGAUCCUGAUGUAUCACUGUUGAAA